GCCUACGAAACAAAUUUAAAAUAAGUUUUUAAAAAUCUUUGUCUGAUGCCAUUCUUAAGAGAUUAUAUGAAUGGUAACGCAAGCGAACUCUACUGAAGCGAAAACUUCGCGCUAACUACGAAAAAAACGAAACGAACGAACGAGACAAUUAAAGAAAUGCAUCUGGAACGCCUUAUCUCCAGAGACGAAGAUAUCUUCAAGUCUUCUUCCUCCUCCCCAGUAUCAUCCAUCAUCUUAGACGAUUCUGAGCAAGAGGUUACGGAAUGGUGUGACUUUCCAGAAGUCCAGCCACUAACGGUUUUUCCACAAGAAGAAUUUCCUUCUUGUCAGAGUGAAAACCUUCCGAGUGGUGAAAGUUCUUUACCAAAAGACUUAGCUGAUAUACCAUUCGGAACACUCUUGCCUCCUGCAGUAGGAUUAGAUUUUAAUAGCUCUACUUCAUCUCCGUUGUUCUUCGGGGAAGACAGUGAAACAGAACUGAUUCAUGAUCGAGGAAACUUGGACGAUAUAACUUCAGUUACUAAAGACAAUUCAGCUUUUAACCCAAAUAUUAAUCAACAGUUUCAUUUCAUUACGAAAUGCACCUCAUCAGUCUCGGAUACUCCAGAUGUUACUGAUUCUAAUUCAUUAUCACACGAUGUGCCAUUAAAUAUGACGUGUUCUUGGAAAAGCUGCCCAGAUUCCAGAAUUAAAAACGAAGAGGAAUUCCUAAGCCACGAAAACUUCCAGUAUAGAUGGCUCGAAGAAACACAUUUGUCUAGCCUCGAAUCCGAAGAUUUGGCAACUAUUUUAGACUAUGAAGAAAGAACAGCAGAAAUGGACAAUGAAUCUCUUGAUUCUUUGCACUUCAGAUCAAAUAAUGCUUCGCAUACGGAGCAGGAUGUCUGUCAGUCUCAACCAGAGUUAGUGGACUUCAAGACCUUUCCUCCUAAGACAUUAAAUAAAUAUGAAUCUGAAAACAAUAUUACCCAUUCAUCGUCAAAGAUUUCAACAAGUAAAAGCUCAACGAUUCAGAUUGGUAUUGGCAACUGCCUGUCUUUGCAAACUUAUAAAUAUUCUGGUACCAACCAAAUUAAAAAAGAACAAUGUUCUGAGACUCAAACAGAACUUCUAAAUUACUACACAAAAUCCUUGAAUGCGCCAUAUUAUGUGAGAAAUGCUAGUAAUAGUUCUGCUUCCCGAAUGAAACGACAUCAAAAACAGUCAAACUCACCUAAUGCUGAACAUAGUUCUCCAACACCACAUAUAUGUCUUUGGGUAGACUGUAAGACAGCAUUUCCAUCCCAAAGCACGCUAGUAAGACAUAUAGAGAAGUGUCAUGUCGACCAGAGGAAGAGAGAAGACUUUAGUUGCCUAUGGAUCGGUUGUCCAAGAAAGUUAAGACCCUUCAAUGCUCGGUACAAGCUGUUAAUUCACAUGAGAGUUCAUUCAGGAGAGAAACCCAACAAAUGCAUGUUUAUCGGCUGCGAAAAAGCUUUUUCACGCCUGGAAAACUUGAAAAUCCACUUUAGGUCUCACACUGGUGAAAGACCGUAUCACUGUCAAUACUUAGGUUGCCCGAAAGCUUUCAGUAAUUCGUCUGACAGGGCCAAGCAUCAGAGAACUCAUCAAGACUCGAAGCCAUAUUACUGUCAAGAGCCCGGCUGCAGCAAAAGGUACACAGAUCCAAGUUCAUUGCGGAAGCACGUCAAAAAUCAUUUCCUGAGAAUGGAACAAUUUAAUAAAAAACUUCGCCCUUCAAAGGAAGAUAACAGCUCUCUCAAAGCGCCUCUUUUCUUGGAUUCCUUAGAUUACUGUGAUUACAGUAAAAAACAGUUCUCUGAAAGUUCAUUUACAGAUGGUGAAAAUGGAGGCAAUUUUUCUUCUGAUAACGAGGACGCUUAUGUUUUUUCAUGGAGCACCCAAACAUUGGUGGAUGACGGAGAGUGGGAUGAAUAUCUCUUUCCAAAAGAAGAGAAGAACGUGCCAUCUCUUUCCAACAAGUCUCUUUCUGAUUCGGAACCAGAAAUGGCAGAUUAUCAACUUGAAUGGAUUGAACACGGAAUCUGAGUCGAAGACUGAAUGGAGAAAGAAUCUCUCUUAAUGAGUGCCGGAACGAAUAAACAUAUCAAAAGGGAAAUGAAAAAUCAAAUUUCAACCGCAAUUCUUUAAAAUUUCAAAAACUCUUAUCGUCUUGGAGAAGGCUGUGUACUAACAGAAAGGGAAAAGCUGCUAUAAGACUUUCAGCAUUUCAAAGAGCCUAAAUAUAAUGCAUUUACAAGCAAGCAUAUUUAAAUUAAUAUCCCUAUAUUUCAAAAAUACUUUCAAAGACCGUACAUUCAUAACUUUAACGAUAUAUUAAUAGAAGUAUAUAAAUAUUAAUAAAUAUGAAUGCCAGACGUUAUUUGUAAAAUUGAAAUAGUGCUUAUGACGCAACUUGCGCAGUUUAUGGAGAAUGAAAAUCUUUUAAGCAAAUUAUUUUGCAUUAAUUAAACAAAAAACUCUAUUUUCAUAAAAAUGGAGUUUAGAAAUAUUUGAA